UCUCCGGGAACGACGGCCAGACUCACCUGCACCCUGAGCAGGGACAUCAGUGUUGGCGGCUCUAACAUCUACUGGAUCCAGCAGCAGCCAGAGAACACUCCCCAGGAUCUGCUGUACUACUCCUCAGACUCCGAUAAGCUCCAGGGCUCCAGGGUCCCCAUCCGCUUCUCAGGCUCCAAAGACACCUCGGCCAGUGCAGGGGUCCUGCUCAUCUCGGGGCUGCAGGCCGAGGCCGAGGCGGACUCUCACUGGGCUACAGCUCACGGCA